CCCGCGGCUGCCGCGGCACCGUGACCUGCCGCUGGCUGAGGGAGCGGCUGCGGCAGAAAGGCUGCAGAGGGGCCUGGUCACCCAGCCGCAGCGAUGAGCUCGGCCAGGGAGUCACAGGGCCACCACGGCCGCAAACGAGCGGCCUCCCCUGAUGGCUCCAGGAGCUGGGAGGCGGCGGACCUUGGCAACGAGGAGCGGAAGCAGAAGUUCCUGCGGCUCAUGGGUGCUGGGAAGAAAGAACAUACUGGCCGCCUUGUUAUCGGAGACCACAGAUCAACCUCUCACUUCAGGACAGGGGAAGAAGACAAGAAAAUGAAUGAAGAAUUGGAGUCUCAGUACCAACAAAGCAUGGACAGCACGAUGUCUGGACGAAACCGCCGCCAUUGUGGACUUGGUUUCAGUGAGGUAUUUCAGGAAAGUGAAGAACAAGAAGAGGCAGUUGGGCACUCCUCUGAAGAGAGUUCAGAAGACUCCGAAAGUGGCUCUGAGUCUGAACAAGAGGAGUCUGCAGAAGAGCUACAAGCUGCUGAAAAACAUGUUGAGGCUGAGGUUCCAGAAAGCAAAAAAGAAGCAAAAAGCAACUAUAAAAUGAUGUUUGUUAAAGCCAGUGGUUCAUAACUGCAGAUGUAACAGCUUUGUAUUCCAAGUACAGUAAGCCUUAUUGUUACAGUGCAAAGUGGAGGACUGCUACAGCACAAACCUUUGUAUUAUGAUUUUAAAAAAGACCCCAUUAGAUGACAAACUAGUAUUUGCUUUCUGUUGCCAUGGAUAACAUUUUUAUGGGCACAGUGAUAUUACUGGUUUUUGUAAAGCAUAUAAAAUACUGGAUGGAGUAAUAAAGUUUUUGUUCCUGCCCAAUCUCUACAAUGUUAUCUAAACUUUCCCUCCCCUUAUUCCAUACCAGAUAAGGAAACUUCAUGUUAGUGGUUUCUUUAGUUAGUACCCUAGUCUUGAAUUUUUAUCUGUUAAGAUUACAUGUAAAUUACUUGCCGUUGCAUUAGUUGUAAAAUACUGGUAUCAGCACCAUUCUGUGAUGUACUAAAGCUUUAAGCAAUGAUUUUGUCUAUAGAUGCUAGUGUUUACAGGGUUAAGAGGAGAACUCGCUCAAUUUUGUGACAGUGUUAAUCACUGCAUCCACGUGAGGUCUUACAGGAGUUGCACAGGAGAAGGUUUUGUAGAAAUGCAUAAUACAACAGAUUGUUCUGAUUACUUCUUUGGCUUUAUAAGGAGGAGGAUAAGCUGUAGUUCAUUAUACUUUUAAGUAGAAAAGAGUGAGUUUUAAAUUACUGUCUCCUGGUUAUAGCACUGAGCUGUUAUGAACAAUUAACUUGUCAUGAAGAAACCAAUUUACUUUGAAAGAGAAGAUAUACUUUGAUAAUGAAAAAGAGAUUCAAAAAAUGUAGCUUUUUUAAAAAUAGAGAAUACAGAAUUAAGUACUAAAGCCCCUUCUUCCUUUUAUUCCUGCAUCACUUGGAGGUCUAAGUCAGUUACCAUGAAAAGGUUGUACCUCUCAAGUAAAGUUGGUAACAGAGUCAGGAGUUCAAGUAACUCCUUCCAGCAAGAAUUAAGCACACCCAUUCCUCUGCAAAUUUGUAGUUUACUGCAUUCAAGUAAUUAGUAAAAUACUGUAACUUUUUAGACUUAGUUUCCUCUUAGUACAUCAGACAUAUCAACUGCCUGUUUGUACUGGGAAAGCAGAACAGCUGAUCUGUACCUCUGCCACAACAGUGUUUCAGGAAACACUCUGGAUGCUUGUGGAGAAUCUUCCAUGUCUAUAUACAGUUUAUGACAUGCAGACAACAUAUGCAGGCCAGUUUGCUUAUGUGAAAGCAGCAGCAUGUGCUAUCAGUGUAUAGGUUUAUUGAAUGUAAACAUGGCAGCAGCAUCAUUUACUGGGGGAGAACUUGGAAUAUUGAAAAAAAUAAAAGUAAUAUGAUUGUAAAUAAAAA